GAUCGAUCUUCAUUCUAUCAAGAGACAGUGGAGGAAGGUUUCUCGUUGCUGAGGACAUGACUAGCUCGACGUCUGGCAACGCCUAUGGUGGCAAAUAUGCUGCCGAGCUGAUCGAGACUGCAGCCCGAAUCAUCGCGCCGGGGAAGGGAAUCUUGGCUGCCGAUGAGAGUACUGGAACCAUCGGCAAGAGGCUGUCCAGCAUUGGCGUGCCCAAUGAGGAGGACCACCGCCGCACACUUCGCCAUCUUCUUUUCACGGCUCCAGGCGUCGAGGACCACAUCAGUGGCGUGAUCCUGUUUGAGGAGACUCUGUACCAGAGCGGCUCUGAUGGCACGCCAUUCGUGGAUGUUCUCAAGAGCAAGGGCAUCAUCCCAGGCAUCAAGGUGGACAAAGGAGUUGUGCCGCUGCCUGACACCGAUGGGGAGACCACAACACAGGGUCUGGACGAUCUGGGCAAGCGCUGCGCCAAGUACUACGAGCAGGGCGCGCGAUUUGCCAAGUGGCGCGCUGUGCUCAAGAUCAGCGCCACUGCACCCUCUCCCCUGGCCAUCCACGAGAAUGCCUACGGGCUGGCGCGCUACGCGAGCAUCUGCCAGGAGAACGGCCUGGUGCCCAUUGUGGAGCCGGAGAUUCUGACUGAUGGCACCCACUCCAUAGAGGUCUGCCAAGCCGCCACCGAGCGCGUCCUUGCCGCCGUCUACAAGGCGCUGAGCGACCACAAGGUGCUGCUGGAGGGAACGCUGCUGAAGCCCAACAUGGUCUCGGCAGGCAUCGACGCAAAGCCGGCGAGUACGGCGGAGAUUGCGGGCGCGACGGUGCAAGCGCUGCAGCGCACUGUGCCACCGGCAGUGGCAGGUGUUGUGUUCCUGAGCGGCGGGCAGAGCGAGGAAGACGCCUCCGUCAACCUCGACGCCAUGAACAAGCUCCCCGGUCGCAAGCCGUGGGCGCUGAGCUUCUCGUACGGCCGCGCGCUGCAGGCAUCAGCUCUGAAGGCAUGGGGCGGCAAGGCCGACAACGUUAAGGCUGCUCAGGAGGCCUUCAUGACCAGGGCCCGAGCAAAUGGUGCAGCAACAAAGGGCCAGUAUAAGGCAGAUGCAAACGGCCGCCGUCUGGGCCACACGGAGAGCCUGCACGAGAAGGACUACAAGUACUGAGUCACUGCUUCAGGAAAUCACAUCACUCCAUUAAGAGAUCCCCAUGCAGGGAUCUACAGAUCUUCCUCGCAUUCAGGGGACACAGGCUUGCAGGGGUUUUCCCACGAGCUGCAGAGUGUAUAUGACGACCUACCCAGGCAAGCUGGCAGGGAUCUUUUGUUUUUUGUCUUUUUAGAGACCCCACUUGUGAAUGAAGCACAGGGGUUCAGGGCAGUGAUGCCCUCUGCAGGCCAUCCGAAAAGCUUGCAACAAUUUUGGCAACGAAUGCAACGAAUGAAGCCUCCAGCGGAGAGAGUGUCAGAGAUAGCUUUUUACACGACAGCGCUGCCUUCCAUGCCAUGCCAUGAGUGUGCCAUAUGAUCCCUCGCAAUCUGAGGCUUCAGGCGAGUCUUGGGAUAAGUCCUAGGAGCUUGAGCAUUACACAUGCUGUGCAGCGUGCUUGGAGUGGUAGAUUUGAUCAUGUGUGUAGGCUGGAUCCUUCUCUUUUUGGUGGAAAGAUUUUGUAAGUUCAAGG